AUGCAUGGUCUCUGGAAAGACCAUUUAGAAGCGCGAUCUUUUUUGAGCAGCGCGGGGCUCUGGGCAGGGACCCGCUGGGCGCGCGGUGGGCGCCCGCCUCCGUCCCCCGCGCUUCGGACACGCCUACGCCGCCCCCGGCCCUCCGCGCAGGCGAAGGCCUGGCACCGAGGGCUGGUCCCGCAGGGUUGGCAGGUCUCUGAGCCAGGAGGAGGUGAUACGGCUCGACGCCCCUGCCCACGGUCAGGCAGUGUUCCCCUAAGCGCCUGGGACUGCGGGCACUGGCGGGAGGUCCGGGCCGCGGAAGGCGUUCCCACACCGGCCAGUCUCCGUCCACCAGGAAGCCGACUUCUCGUACCUCCCCGGGGACCGAAAACCGCCGGUGCCGCCGCACCCGUCGUCGCCGCCGCUUGCUCAUGGAGAGCCCGUGCUGCAGCCGCCGCCGCCGCCUCAUCUACUAGCACCGCCCGCUGUCUGGGCCUCCCCGGCGUGAGUGCUGGGCUCUGGCACGGCCUCCAUCGCACCCGCCGCGGAGGGAGCCACAGCAGCUCCAGCGCCCAGGCCGGAUCCGACCGGACCCACGGAGCCAGGACCGCAGGACGCGGAGCUUCUUAUUACGGAGGAAGAUUCGGCCUGACCUCGGCCCCCCUCCCCCCAGCCCCUAGUUCCCAGCCGCCUGACGGCGCUGCUGCGCAGGCGCGAAGACGCCCUCGCCAAACGUGCGUGUGUCGGUGUCUCCCUGCUUGUUGCCAAGACUCCUUCACUGCCAUAGAUUCAAGCCAACAGAUGAUCCUUCUACUCAAGAAGGGCAGAGCUAGCAGCAGAAGCACUAUCAAUAACGUCACUAACAGCCUGAUCUAGAGGUACACUGUGACCCUGACUUCAAAGACCAGGGUCAGCAGAACACGAACAUGCCUGAUCUACAGAAUCUGCAGGUCAGUUCAGACAUUCUGAGUCUUGUUUAGAUUAUAGAGGUGUAUAUUACUUUUGCUUUCAGUUUCAUAAUGGUGGAGUACAGAGUCUGCAAGAAAAUAGGAUAUAGUUUAGGAAAAAUUUGGUUGUAAGGAUCAGAAACUCAAUGUUGCUUAAGAGUAGGUAUAUUUAUCUUAGGUGUUCGGAGAAAUCGCAUAUAAUGCACCUAUUGGAAAUAGGCAUCUCUUAUACUGGAAAUCUACUGAAAGGGUGGGCCUACACCGGCCAACUCCAUCUUGUUCUGUAUCCUUUAUCUUGACCAGCCUCCUCCCCUUGAGUAACCUCCCACUCACCUUUCUAACAGGACUCGGACCCUUCCCCAGCCAAUCAGCUGAGGCCACAGCCAUUACCUCACCAACUGCCCCUAGGCCCCAAUAAAACCUUUGUCCUUUUGAAACUCGCUCUCUCUCCAGUAUCUCACCGCUGCGUUGGUGCAGGUAGGGGAUUGAGCUCGAGCUAGCUCGAAUAAAAGCUCUUUUGCUUUUACAUCGGACUCGGCUCCCUGGCGGUAUUUGGGGAUCAUGAAUUCAGGGCAUAACACCACCAGAUGACUUUUCCUUUUCUCUUGCCACAUCGUCGUCUCUCAUCUUGGGAGUAUGUGGUAGGCAACCUCUAAAAUGGUCUGCAAUGACCCUCCCUUCCUGGUAUUUGUAAUCUGUACAAAUCUGGCCCUUCUGUAAUCUUCUUUUCUUGAGUGUUGCCUGGACUUACUGACCCACUUCUAAAGGUGGAAGUAAAUGGGAUGUCAUUUUUGAGGUUAGAUUUAAGAAGGUGGUGACUUCAAUGUUGGGUAUGUGCACUCUUCCUGUUUCUCAGAACACUUGUGUUGGCGAGAACAAAGAGCCACGUUUUGAGUAGCCAUAUGGAAAGGCCCAGUUGAACUGGUGAAGACAUGAGGUCCUCAGUGCAACCACCUAUGAGAAACUGAAGACCUCAGUCUGAAAGCCUAUGAGUACCGAAAGCCUGCUAAUAAACACAUGAGCUUGUAAGUGGAUACCUCAUCCCCAGUUGAGUUGUUGAACCUUGAGAUGUUUGCAGCCUCAGCUGACUGCUUGACUGUAACAUCAUGAGAUAUUCUGAGCCGAAAUUUCCCAGCCAAACUGCUUCUGAUUCCUGACUUCCAGGAACUGUAAGCGAAUAAACAUAAACAUUUGUUGUUUUAAGCUGCUAAUUUUUGGUAUAAUUUGUUACCUAGCGGCAGAUAAUAGAUACAGAUUUGGUGCCUAGAAGUGGGGUGCUGCCAUGGUGAAAACCUAAAAUGUAGGAGUGGCUGUGGAACUGGAAUUUGAGCAAAUCUAGUGAAAUUCUAGAGGGCCUCAAAGAAGCUGUUAAUAGAAAAGUUUUGUUCUCUUAUAAGGCUGAAGGUGAAUGCUGGCAGUAAACGGAAGGAAAGGGGAAUUCUUGUUAGGGGCCAAAAACUUAGCAACAUUGUUGCUUGUAGUAUGUGAAAAGUAGAAAAUGUGCUUUAAGAACUGUGUGACCUAGCUCAGGAGAUUUUUAAGCAACAUGUGGAAAAUGCUGUCUGCUUUAUUCUUGUAGCUUAUAUAGUAAAAUGGGAGAGAAUUAAAUUGAGAGAAGGAUGUUAAGUUAAAAGGAGCCAAGACCUGAUAGUUUUAAAAAUUUUGUUUUUCCAGAUGGCUACUGGUGCCAAAAUUAAGAGAUGGGUUUUGAUCAAUAUUCAAAUCCAGGGUACUGCCUGGAGGACAGAGAUCUAAAGAUGAAGCAAAGGAUCUGACUGGCAAAACGGUUAAGAUCUCAGAAAGAUCAAAGGUCAUGCCCUGGGGCACUAGUCAGUAACACAAAGGGCCCUUUAAAGAGAUUAAUGGUGCUUCUCACAGAUCCUCUCAAUGAAACUGUAGUGCUUCUAGGCAGUUUAAGAGCAUUGUGUCUCUGUUGUUUCAGCCAAGGCUCAAGGGAGAGAAAAGCGUAUUUCAAGAUUUGUGAGUAUGUCUAAUGGAGUAAACCCCAAGAUGAUUCAGAGUGGACCCAUAAAGUUUUCAAAAGAGCUACAUAUGCAGGUAUAUUUCCAGCUUGGACUUGGGGGGACAGAGAUAAUUUUAAACAGAGGAGAGGCUUUUGAAUCCCAGAAUUAUACUGGAAAGAAAGAGACUGUGAUAGUUGUUUAGCUGUAAACACAUGCUAUUUUUCACAACAAAAGGAAGACUCAGAGGGCAGAAUAAAGAACUGAGAAGGUAGAGGUGAGAGCCAGGGAAAAUUAUUUCCAGGCCUUGAAAUCUAAUCAAGGAAUAUCCAACAUUUGCCCAGCUGGAUUUCAGAACUGUCAUGGACCAUUGACUCCUUUGUGUAUCCCAUAAGUUCCCUUUUGGACAGGAAUGUGUAUAGCAGUUUUCCAAUACUCAGCUUCCAUUAUAUCUUGUGUGUGUGUGUGUGUGUGUGUGUGUGUGUAGAGGGAACAGAUAACUUUAAUUUCAAAGGUUUGUUGAUCACGAGGUAUUGAAUUUGAAGAGCUGUACUUUGGGAACUUCGCCUGAGAAGUCCCAUCAAUUCCUGGACCUAAUUUUGAUGACAGGAUUCUGGAAUUUCGAACCGAUACUAUAGCAGUAUAAAACUCUCAGUAGUUUGGGAGGAAGGAGAUGAAGACUUUUGCAUGUGACAGAGAUGUGAAUUAUUGGGAGCCACAGGUGUAGACAGUGGAAGGCUGCUUCUAAUAUGGCUCUCAGUGAUUCUCCCUCAUAGUAUUCAUGCUCUUGUGUAACCUCUUCUCAUCUAGUCUGGGCUGGACCUAGUAACUCACUUCCAAGAAUUGUAACAUAGCCAAAGAGAUAGACUGUCACUGCUAAGAUUAGGUUUCAGGAUGACUGUGGCUUCCAUCUUAGAUGUGUUCUCUCUUUCACACACUUGUGCACAUCACUGGUGCCAGGGGAAGUGAGCUGCCAUGUAGUGAGCAGACCUAUGGCGAGGUCCAUGUGGUGUUGCAAGGAACCAAGCCUCUUAAGGGUCUCAUCCCAGGAGGAGCUGAAGCCUGCCAACAACCAUGUUAAGAAGCAUAGAAGCAGAUCCUUUAGGCCAGUCUGGUUUUGAGAUCCCUGUAGACCUAGCCAACAACUUGACUACAAUGUUAUGAAAGACCCUGGAUUAGAACCACCUAGAUAAAUGACUCCCAGAAUGCUGGGCCCUCAGAAACUGAUAUGAUAAAUGUUUGUUGUUUUAAGGCCUGAGUUUUGGGGUAAUUUGUUAUGUGGCAACAGAUAACCAAGACAGUCUGCUUUCUCUUUUUGCAGACUGGAUUUUUUUUUUGUUGUUGACUCACUACUUUCUCACAAGGUUGCUUUGCUUGCUAACCAUAAUUGACUGAUUCAUUCUCUGGGUCCCGAUUUUAAAUUUUGGGGGAGACAAUCUCAUUGGUCCAACUUGGGUCAGAAUUCCCAUCCUGGUUCGAAUUCUUUUACCCAGAAACGUGGAGCAUGAAGUGUAUAGAGCUGCCUUUUCCAGGCUGUUGGUAAAUUAUGCUCUUAUAAAGACAGUAGGGAGGAAAUGAUGGGCCUUUCUAGAAUUGCUGCUUUGAGAAAAGGUGCCCUAGAACUGUUUCUGUAUCUGGCAAAGUGAGGUGGAUUAUUCACAACAGCAAAUCCAGGGGCUAUAACAUUCAGAAGAUUCAGUAAAAGUGUUAUAGGAUGCUAUGGUAUUAACAGUGAUACUUUUAAAUAGUUGCACAUACUAAAUGGAAGUUAAUGCUUGUUGCAACUCAGCAACACUUAGCAAAACUAUUUUCACAGUAUUUUCACUGAGUAGUUGAGAUGAUCAUAUUAUUUUCAAAGUAUAACAACAUAGGUGAUAACUAGAGCUGUCUGGUGAAUACAUUGACUCCUUCAGGGAGAUGUUUUCAUUCAUCAGGAAUGAUUUAGAAGUCUGUUAGGAAGGCUCACAUCACUGAUGAAGGAGAACUUCUGUGUAUAUCUAGGGGGACUAGAGGUUAUUGUUAGCAUUUUGUGUUUCAUUGGUGCUUUCUAGUUGCAAACUGCAGUGAUCUUUUUUCUUUAGAGUAGGUUGAACUCAAAAUUGUAUUCUAGUAAUAAAGAGCUGUCUUGUUGAAAGCCUUUUAAAAAUCUUUUCCAGAUGAUUAGUGUUACCCUACAUAGCACAAUGACUGGAAUGUUCUAGAAGGGAGUGUAUUGCACUCUAAAAAAUAAAAAAAAAAAAAACCCCACAUAUGUGUUUUAAAAACUUAAGGUGAAAGAAGACUUGAGUAAAAUAUUUAGAACAUAAAAGACUAAAUGUAUCCUAGUGUCAAAAUAGUUUUGAAUGUGACUGUGUAAGAUAAUAUUCACCUGUAACUAACUGACUAGUUGUUUGUAUAAUCUUGGCACUGAAGCUUAUACAGUGAGAUCAGGAACAGGUGAAUUUGUGUACCUGCCUCAUGAACUCUGGGACACUGGGUCAGUCACUAGCAGUCCUAAUUCCUUGAGGACUCCUGGGAACCCUAUGAGGUGGCCACAGCCACUACCCCCCACUAGGGACCUUGGACCUGAGAACUUGGCUCCCAGACACUAGAUUUAUGGCAGUUUAAUUAUGAAGGAGAAAAAAGAGGCUUCUCUAAAUGCUGAUGGGAAGGUCCUGGGGGACGAGUAAGUCAUUACAGUAUAGGAGAGAGUUGAAGGAAUGAGUCCCAACAAAGCAGAUGCUAUUAGCAGCUCCGGGAAAGGGUUGGCCAGGACAGCAGCAACUUGAGCUUCAUAUGAUCAUGUAAAGGGGAUGGAGAUAGGGGAUUAACCAACCACACACUUCCUUCUUACUAAUUAUGGUCAUGUGAUCCACUUCUUUUCCAAAAAGCUUUUGUAUUAAUUUUAGCUGGGGGCUCAGCAGAAGGAUGAGUUAUUUAAAAAAAAAAAAAAAA